UGGGGCAAAGCAAAAAAGCUUUAGAGCGGUGCUAUUUUGCACGAAACACACGAAUAGACACGUGCUAGCCUAACUUUUUUUAAGAACACAGGAAACACCGCCGCCGCCGCCGCUUUCUGCCGCAACCACCGUCGUUAGAAAAUGGCGGCCAGCAAAUGCAAUUCAGCUACUCCUCUCAUCCCCGUGCCCCCUAAAUCUCUUAUUUUCUUACAUGAAUGGUGGCUUGUCAAGCAACGCAAGGGUUUAGCCGUUGGCGGGCUUGCUUCUGUCGAAAUUGCAGAUAGAGAAAGAGUGUUUUUGUCUAGCGUGAUUGUAGGCAGAGAAGAGACCAAUGUCCUCCACUCUGAAGAUGGUAUCACUAUUCUUUUCCGUGGUUUCAUUAACACCUCUCGUUCAUCUCAAAAUGGCGUCCCCUUUCAGCAGGUAUGCCAACACUUCCUUGUUGGAUUUCCGCAUGAUUGGAAAAAGUAUUCAGCUUAUAGUUUUGGAGAUGCUUUUGGUGACUCAAGUGUUUGUUCAAAGAAUAUUUGCCAUGGACUGGGAAUUUCUUCUGGGAAUCAUUCCAAGCAAUCUCAAUCUACUGAUAACAUGGAAUGUGAAUGUAACAAUACAGCGUCCCAGCUGCAGGUUGGUGAAAAAGGAAUCUCAGAUGUUGCAGUUGAAAGCCAAGCUGGAAACAAAAAAAGCUUCAUGAGUAUGUUUGAUUCUAACAAAUGUACAAGCACUUCUGGAAAAGGCACGGUUAAACCUCUAACUUCCAAAGAGAAAAUGGACCGCAAGGAGAAGCAACAAAUUAGACAAAAGAUAGUAUUAGAUGCCAGCAAUUCCUGUAAUAGGAUGGUAACUAGAAGCAUUUCCAAAAGAAGUCACACAAUGCCUAAAGAAGAUGAAAAAGCUACAAUAGCCACUGUUGUUUCUCCAGUGAGGAGGUCUCCCAGGCUUUAUAGUCGUAGAUAAUGAUCUGUCACACUGAACUAGUGGUAGAUUGUCAAACUUUUGGUUGAAACAAGAAAUAUGUAUUGUUAAUGUAAAGGUGUUUGUGAUAAUUGCAUUUCUAUCAUAGCUACAUAACAGAUUUAUAUUGAUUGACAUCUGUUAAGUUUAUUCCAUAUGUAUUGGGAAGGUGUGGUGCUUAUUACUUAUCAAUACCAAUGUUAUACUGAUUUAGAAUAAUUUAUAUUUUUGAACCUUGAUACUA